AUGCUAUUAAAUAUGGAUUUUCAUGAAUGUAAUUGUAAAAAUAUAACAAUUACAGAAGGAAUAUUUGGAGAAGUCUGGGUUGAUAAUCAAGAUCAAAUUUUUAAUGACCCCAUACCAAAGACUAUAAAAUCAUACACUAUGAUAAAUACUAAUCGAAUGGAAGUUGUUGUCAUUACUUGGGGUGCUACAAUUAUAUCUCUAAAAUGUCCAGAUAAAUAUGGACAUUCUGCUGAUGUUGUCCUUGGUUUUGACGAUGUAAAAGGAUACUCAAAUCCUAUAACAAACCCAUUUAUUGGUUGUAUAUUAGGCAGAUGUGCAAACCGUAUUAAAAAUGGACAUAUUACUAUUAGAGGUAGAGAUUAUGAAUUAACAAAAAAUGAUUUUAAUGGGAAACAUCAUUUACAUGGAGGAACAAAUGGAUUUGGGCGUAAAGUUUGGGAUUCAUAUAUUACUGGAUGUUCAGUUAUUAUGAGUUACUUAAGUCAAGAUGGUGAAGAAGGGUAUCCAGGUGCAGUGUUAACUACAAUAAAGUUUAAGUUAACUCCAGAAAAUAAGCUUGAUAUAUGUAUGAGAGCAACAACUUCAAAACCAACAAUAGUGAAUUUAUCACAUGGUUCUAUGUUUAAUUUAGCUGGACAUGAUUCUGGAGAAUCUGAGUUACGAAAACAUAAAGUACUAUUCAAUUGUGAUCGUUGGACAUUUGCGGAUUACACAGAUCCAGUUCCAACAGGUGCUAUACGUGGUGUAGGUGGAACAGUGAUGGACUUUCGAAUACCUCGAAUUUUAGGAGAAUACAUGGAGAAGGUUCCACCUGGAGAAGGUUUCGAUCAUAAUUUAUGUGUUACAAAAGGUAGACAAUCUGGUAGUUCAUUUGUUGCCAAAGUAUGGCAUGUAAAAAGUGGACGUGCUUUAGAAAUUUAUUCAGACCAAUGUGGGGUACAGUUCUACACUGGAGGCCGUUUGCCACCUUAUACUAUUCCAGAAUUUUUAUCUAGUUAUGAUUUAUUAGAAGACAUUGAAGAAGCCGAAGAAAUUGGUGAAGUUUAUAAAAAUGAUCAUGAAGAUGAGGAAGAAGAAAUAAAAGUUGAAAAACAUUAUAAAAAAGUAACGACUGUACCUAAAAAGAUAGAAUUUAUCUUAGGAAAACAUGGAGCUCAUUAUAAAAAGUAUUGUGCUUUUAGUAUUCAACCACAAAAUUAUCCUAAUGCAAUAUAUUAUUCACAUUUCCCAUGUUCUAUAUUAUAUCCUGGUCAAGUUUAUUAUCAUGAUCUGACAUAUAAAUUUGAAGUGCAUCUUGCAAAUUAUAUGUAG